AUGGCCGGCCUCCAGCAUCACAAGGUCGCCAUGGACCCGGCGUUUGUCCGGUUGAACAACAUGCAAAUCAAUCGCUACAAGUACUUCCGCUGGACCCCCCGAACCGGCUUCCUCACCACCCUCUACGUCUUUGUCAUCCCCGGAAUCGUGGGUUACAUCGGCUGGAAGUGGGAUGGCGCCUGGGACCUCCGAGCAAAGCGCAGGGGAGAUCUCCUCGCCGAGCGCUAAACGUGGGAGGCCAGCGGAGGGGAAGUGUACAUCUUGAUGAGAAGAGGGCGUCAAAGACAGACACAAAGCAAGCUGUCAGGGGGGGUUACGCAACAGAACCAUUUCUAGGGUGCAAGAUCAGAAUGAUGUGCUUUGCUUUGGUGACUGUGGAUAUGUUAUCAUUGCCUGAGGCAGACAAAUCCCGUAUAUAUAAAAGUUUACCACUUCCACAGUGAAGCGUGUCUCUCGCUGCAUCACAGACCC